AAAGAGGGUGUAUUGUAAUUGAUCCUAACAUUGAUUCAGACUGAGUGUUGUCAGCAAACAACAUGGGACCAUAAACCCACCAUUCUCUGUCUCUCUAUCAAACACAUUUACUAUAAUACUCUAUGCACACAAAUUCAUCACUAACGGCUAUAUUCCACUGCUUUCCCAUAAUCAAAUCACCGCCCAUUUAACGGUCCAUUUUCCUCCCAUAAUACCCCCCACUCUACCUCCUUAACUCUGUUUUCCUCUCCUCAUUACAUAUAUACACUUGUUCACAACCUUCUCGAACCUCUAAAUUUAAACAGUUGAGAUAUUUUUAGACAUGGAAAAUAGGAAUCCUAACAUUGCUAGAGUUCAGCACGUAGCUAAAUCAUCCUCGGAUCAGCUUCUGAGGAAGUUCGCAGAAGUGGAAUCCGACCCGAAAGACAAAACUUCAGCUAAGGAGCUGAGAUUGGCGAAACGGGUGAAAAGGAACCAAGCGAGUAAGAGCUCCGGCAGCAGCAUUGGUUUGGCUGAGAGGAACUCACUUCUUCCUUCCCCAGCUGCCCAUAAACCCAUGGCGUUGGUCCCCAGGCUGGGGAUGGGUCGGGCCAGGAUCCGUGCCAGAGAGCUCCGGAACAAAUCUCUCAUCACUGCCAUUCAGAAGACAUGGCGAAGAACAGUGGAAGGAGCAUCGAGGGUGUUGAUGGAGAAGCAUUACAACCGUCAUAAACGCCUAAUCAACGACUCCUAUUAAGGUUCUUGGAAAUAACGUUGCCGAUUGUUGCCAAAAGGACCGGAAGAAGUCGGCAAAGCCCAUGAAUCAAUCGGCCCAUUAUAUGGAUUCUUGCCCACUAUUCCUAGUCUUGUGGUCCAUUCCCGAUCCAACGGCCCAACUGGGCUGCAUACAUCGCUUUCGCAGCUCCAACAAAUUUAUUUGUUUCAGCUAAUGUGGAAAUUAAAUUAGUAAGUAUUACAACGUAUAAUCUUGUUUAAUUUAUUGGUGUAUUUCUACUAACCGUAUCAUAUACUAACGUCCGUAUUAUCGUAUACAUUUCAUUGACCCGGGAAAAAAAUUAAAAAAAAAAAAGUAUAUUUCACGUUGAAUGAGAGUUGCUUUUUGCACUUUUUUUAGUUUAAGUUUGGAUAAAUAAAGUGAAAUUUGGGUCACGAGUUGUGUAUGUGAUGUUGAAAACAACAUUGCCUCAUCAUCAUUUUCGCACUCUUUAUAAAAGUGCAAAAGCAGUUGUAUUGGAUUUUGCUUCAAAAAAGCGCAAAAGCGUGUUGUCAACGGAUCAACAUUGCGAUUACUAGUCAAAGUUUUAAUUUGCAUUUUCUUAUUAGAUUUCAUAAAAAUUACUACAUGUAUGUAUGUAUAUGAUGAAACUGCAGUUUGUGUGGUUUGAUGGAUGUCAUAAGUAGGUAAAUUUACAAAAAUUAGACCCACAGUCUAUGACUAUUUCAUAUUUUACUUCACACUUUA